UUUAUUUAUAAUAAUAAACUUUUUGUAUUGCUUAAGUAAUUAAUUGAGAAAAAAUGUACAAAAAUUUGAUAUGUUUUGUGGCACGAAAAAUUAAAUAUAACCACCAAUCAUUUUAUAUCAGAAGGUUUAGCACAGAACUUGUAAAGCAAGAAGAAGUGUUCUCACCGAUUAAUUAUGAAUAUGAUAAGAUUCCAGCAGAAAACAUCAGAAAUUUUAGUAUAAUUGCUCAUGUAGAUCAUGGUAAAAGCACGCUAGCUGAUCGCUUGCUUGAAAUUACAGGCACCAUAAAGUCUGUAGGGACUCAAAAUCAAAUUUUAGACAAACUACAGGUGGAAAGAGAGCGUGGUAUAACAGUAAAAGCACAGACUGCAUCUUUAAUAUACAAUUAUAAAGGCAAGCCAUAUCUUUUAAAUCUUAUAGAUACACCUGGACAUGUUGAUUUUGCAAAUGAGGUUUCUCGGUCUUUAGCAGCUUGCCAAGGCGUGAUACUCCUAGUAGACGCCAACCAUGGUGUCCAGGCACAAACCGUAGCCAAUUUUUACCUAGCCUUCGGACGUGACUUAACUAUAAUUCCAGUUUUGAAUAAGUGUGAUUUAAAAAAUGCGAAUCCUGAUAGGGCUUGUGAACAACUACAGACUUUGUUCGAUAUUCCCACUGAAGAAGUUUUGAGGAUAUCUGCAAAAAUGGGUACGAAUGUUGAACAAGUCUUGGAUGCUGUUGUGGAAAAAAUACCACAUCCGGUAGUGAACAGAAAAGAGACAUUUAAGGCUUUGUUGUUCGAUAGUUGGUACGACAAAUUCAGAGGAGUACUUUCCCUUAUAUAUGUAACAGAUGGCGAAGUUAAAGUCGGCGACCAAAUUGCAUUUUACCACACUGGUAAAACUUACGAGGUGAAGACUGUUAGCAUGCUCAGACCUGAUGAGGAAAAAGUCGAGAAAUUAGUUGGUGGCCAAGUAGGUCUCAUCGGUUGCAACAUGAGGACGAGUAAAGAAGCUUUGAUAGGAGACACUUUGCAUUUGAAAGGAAAAACUAUAGAACCGUUUUCGGGGUUCAAACCUGCACAACCUAUGGUAUUUGCAGGUGUUUAUCCUGCGGAGCAAUCUCAACAUGUUAUGUUAAGAAGUGCAAUUGAAAAAUUGGUCUUGAAUGAUUCUGCAGUAAGCGUUAGCACUGAUUCCAGUCCUGCCCUAGGUCAAGGUUGGCGUCUAGGUUUCCUCGGACUUUUGCAUUUAGAAGUUUUUUCCCAAAGACUUCAGCAAGAACACGGGGCAGAGCCUAUAUUGACGGCACCUUCAGUAACCUACAAGGUAAAACUACACGGUAAAAGAAUAAUAAACGAGCACGGUUCUGACGAAAUUUUCGUAUCAAAUCCUGCACUAAUGCCCGACGACCUGCACAUUAUCGAAUACUUUGAACCAAUGGUAAAAGCCACCAUACUAACUCCUGACUCAUACAUGGGGCCAAUACUUGGUCUUUGCAUUGAAAGAAGAGGGAUACAAAAGUCUUCAACAAAUGUUGACGAUGAAAGAGUCAUGUUGCAAUUUGAGAUGCCACUUUGUGAAGUUGUUUUGGAUUUUCAUGAUAAAAUCAAAAGUAUGAGCUCUGGGUAUGCCAGUUUCGAUUAUGAAGACAUUGGUUACAAAAGCAGCAACUUGGCAAAAAUGUAUAUAUUACUGAAUGGCCAAAUUGUUGACGAAUUAACGACAAUAGUUCAUGUAACAAAAGCCUCACAAGUUGGCAAAGCCUUAGUGGCCAAACUCAAAGAACAAAUUCCUAGACAAAUGGUGCAAAUUGCUAUACAAGCUAGUGUUAAUGGUAAAAUUGUAGGCAGGGAGACGAUUAAGGCCUUCAGGAAGGACGUCACUGCUAAAUUGUAUGGUGGUGAUGUGACAAGACGUAUGAAACUGCUCAAGCAACAAGCAGAAGGCAAAAAAAAGAUGAGGUCCAUAGCAAAUAUACAAAUACCUAGAAAUACUUUCAUAGACGUAUUGAAAAGAUAAUUUUAUGUAUGAGAUAUGUUGUUGACCCGUCCGAAGCAGAUGGCCGGCUUUAUACCAUUAGUGGCCGUGUCCUUAGCUUUUAUAUUUCUAGUCCAAUUGAAAAUUUUAUAUGAUAACACACAGAAAACCAAUAGAAUCAAUGGAUACAAAUCAGAGGCCGAAGAAUUGACAGAAAAAAUGCAAAACUUAGAAAAAACUGCUGUGCGUAGUGAUAAUAUAAUUCAACAAGUGGCU